UUUAUGAUCGUUGGACCGCUCAGCAGACUGUGUAAGAAAGCUCCGAGGAUUUUUCUCGCCAUGAAUCCGCAGGUUGUGUUCGUCCUGGGCGGACCCGGAGCCGGAAAAGGAACCCAGUGCGCCAAAAUCGUCGAGAACUACAGCUAUACCCAUCUGUCUGCUGGAGACCUGCUGAGAGAGGAGCGCAGCCGUACGGGCUCCAAGGUCGGACAGCUCAUCGACAACUACAUCAAGGAGGGAAAGAUCGUCCCCGUGGAGAUCACCAUCAACUUACUGAAGAAGGCCAUGGAGGAGACCAUGCAGAAAGAUGAAAACAAGUUCCGCUUCCUUAUCGAUGGCUUCCCGCGAAACGAGGAUAACCUACAAGGCUGGGUGAAGGUCAUGGAUGGCAAAGCAGAUGUCAAAUUCGUCCUAUUUUUUGACUGCAGUAAUGAUGUUUGUAUCGAAAGGUGUUUGGAAAGAGGGAAGAGCAGCGGCAGGACAGAUGACAACAAAGAGAGCUUGGAGAAAAGGAUCCAGACGUACCUACAGUCCACACGGCCAAUCAUCGAGCGGUACGAGAAGCAGGGAAAAGUGCGCACUAUUGACGCCUCACGUGCCGUCUGCGAGGUUUUCGCCGACGUGAAGGCGGUUUUCGACAGAGAAGGUUGAACUUGCUGAUUCCACCCUGAAUUAAGUUCAGUGAUGUCAGCGAUGCUACACUUCAUUUAUUUACACAUUUAACUUUUUAUUCGUUUAAGUGUAUUUUUGUUUAAGACCGAAUGUAUGUGUGUGUGAAAGGGCGACAUUCUAUGACGAUUUCUGCUUAAUAAUGCCCAAGAGGAACAAUAAUAACCUGUAGAACAAUGAUAAAAGUAGAGCAAUAGAGUCCAAUUAAAGGACAUUUUCCAUAGGAAUGGUAUUUAGUACUUAUAGUAGUCUUAGUACUUUUAGUUCAAUUGGAUUUGGCAUUUUAUCUGUGGCCAUAUGGAUAUUAAUGUGCGUCAUAUCGUUAUGUUGUUGUUCUUCUUCUCUUAUUAUUAUUAUUAUUAUUAUUAUUAUUAUUAUUAUUAUUAUUGUUGUUGUUGUUGUUAUUAUUAACUAUGGAAAACGGCCUGAUAAGCGAUCACAGGGGGCCAAGAACUGACAGUGGCUAAAUUACAUCAUAUAUGAAAAGUACAUUUAAAAUUGUUCUUAAUUUAAUUUUAAGUCGGGCUGUAUUAUACGGUCACCGUAUUGUAUUGUUGUACCGUUGCAACAGUAUAUUAAACAAAAUAUAUUGAAAACCCAUCAUUGUUCAAAAUCCUUUGAACCCUGCAAAGUCACAAGAUCAUACAGUAAUAUAAAAAUGAAAUUAAAAGAUGUCUCCUACGUCAAGAAA